AUGGGUAUCGGUAACACUAUGAAAAACAUGCUCAGCAGCGAUACCAGCCCGUCGGACGAGCGUCCAGGGGUGGAUAUGCAAGGCAGCGACCCAUCCUCGAAUGCCGACACGCGUUUGACCAGGGAGUCUAGCCGCCUUACCAAUUCUAACCGCGCUACCCAUGGUCCUGCCCACAAGCUUCCUUCUGGAACCGGCCCUGGGACUUCCGGGAAGCCUAGUAACGUAGCUUCUGAGCUCGCCAUGCAACAGGACGCGGAACGCGCUAAGGUUCAUGGUAUCUCUGGAUACGGAACCGACGCUGCUGCCGCGGUAGGAGGCGAUCUGUCCGGUACUCAUCAAUCUCAGACUCGAAUGAUGGAUGCAGGGACAUCCUCUGGCGGCGGUACUGGUCUCGGAUCAUCAUCGAAGCGCACCACGCUUGAAUCGUACAGCCAAGAGGCUACCGAGGGUCGAGCUCCUGUUCCAGUCACUCGUACUGUUGUAACAGAGUCGACAUACGAACGUGGACGUCCUUCGAGUGACAAAGAUUACAUGUACCGCGAACGUGAAUACGAUGUUGAUCUCUUGUCUGGAGAUCAUGUGUUUGGGCACAAUAAAAACAGUCCGAAGGACUCUAUGCCCACUGCUAAUGCAGAGGAGGACACGAACCAACUUCAACCGGUCACUCAUGAACGGGUCCGCCACAUUGAGACAGAGGAAAUUUCACGAGUUAAGGAUCGCGAGCGCCAUAUUCAUCAUAUUCAACAUCACACUCAGCCCAUUGUUGCGGCUGAGGAGUUGGAAGAACAACACAAAUCUUUCAUUCACCCCGUCACUCACGUCCGCGAAAAACAUGCUAACAAGGUCGAGGAUAACACCUUGUUCGAAGGACAAGUCAACCAAUUCCACGACACUUUGAUGCACUCUUCGAAGGAAAGGACCAUUAUUGACAAAGGUACCACUGUAAAUGAGACGGUUCAUCAUCACGUCCAUCACGUCAUCCAGCCCGUUAUCGAAAAAGAAACCAUCGACAGGCAACAUAUUCACACCACCAUCCCCAUUCAUGAAGUUACCCACGAAGCUCCCGUCGUGCAUCAGUCUCAGACCCAUGCACCUGUGCCGAUGGAACACUUUUUGCAGAGGGGUGGUACUCUGCAUGGUGCCAUCAGCCAGGAAGAGAUAUCAAGGAAGGUGCUUCACACUGGCCAGUGCACCCGCGAAGUGGAGGGAAUCGCCGAGACCAUGGAACGUGAUUUGAAUCUCAAGCAGGAUACACGAGGAGCUCAUACUCACUCUGUUACUGAAGAUGCUGAGCUGGCUGCGAAGAAGGCAGCCGCAAAACGUCAGGCCUCCACUAACGUUGACCAACCAACGACUACCACGACUGCUCGCUCCAGAAACUAA